GCUCCAAUCGCUCUGUAUUAAAGAACAAGGUCGCUGUAAACAGGAGGUUGCCGAGUAUAUGCAGAGGUGCGAUGAAUACCUUGGGCAUGUAAAGGAGCUGAACGAAAAGGUCGUUAUCCAGAAUGACAAGAUAGCUGCUCUUGUCACUGAUAUUGAAAAGAAGGAGACAUUAAUCCGGGACCUGGAAACAGCCUGUGAAUCGUCCGAGAACGAGCUCAGCAUGCUAUCGCUUGCAAAGGACUUUGAGUGCGAGACUCUGCAGUCGCAGGUGGAGAAUUGUGGGUAUAUGUUGCAGAAAACUGAAAAGGAGCUAUUCGAUGCGAGACGACUGGCCUCUGAGCACAUGGAGCGUGCGAAUCUCACGAAGUCGAAUAUGAAGUCGAUUAGUGUAGGAACUAGCGACGACUCUGCCACCGAUUCGUUUACACAGCUCAAGGAACAGAUUGAUUUAGCGAGAAAACAACUGAGUCAAUAUCAGGAGCAGAUCAAGAACCUGCAGUCCCAGCUUCGCGCAGUCGGAUUUGAACGUGAUAAUCUUCAGCAUAGAAUGGAAAGCACCCAGAAAAAAAUUGCAACUGUAGAGAAUGAGAAUGGACGGCUUUGCACCUCGUUGCUGGAAUCUCAAUCGGAGAUCAACUCGGUUGUUCGCGACUGCACAAUGCGAUUCGAGGAGGCGCGAAAACGGGACUCUGUCGAGAAUGAGAACCAGGCUCAGAAAAAACUGCAUCAGAUCCACGCCCUCGAAAUCCAGCUGGAGGAAAAAAACAAGGCGAUGGACGGGCUUACAAGGGCAAAAAACGACGAUAUCGCGAAAAUGUCGGAUAUGCAAGAGCGACUCAGCAAUGCUCUGAUUGGGUCAGCUUCGCUCAAAACGGUGAUGCAAUUACUAGAAGCUGAGUUUGGGGCACUGCGACAAGAGGCUUCGACUGAGAAGGAAAAGCAUGAAGCGAUUUCGAAGGAGCAGGAAAAGAGGCAUCAAGCUGUGUCGAAUGAAUUGGAGAAGAGACUGAGAGAGAUCCAAACAUUGAAGGAGCACGUACAGCAGCUGGAAAGGACGAAAGCAUAUUCAUUGCAACAGGUACACAUCCCGUUGUUUAAAACAAUAUAGUGUGGAUGAUAUGGCUGCGCUACAAAGUGCCUACUCUUAUUUUCUGUCUCGCAAUAGGCAGGCGAAGGCGAACACUCUAUCCAUGAGUCACCGAUGCUGUUGUCGGAAAUUAUUCACGAGCAGAGUAGAA